CAAACUCCUUCCACAGCCAGAAUUUCGCAAUGGCUUGCUGUAGAUCAAUGAUUCAAGGAAGCCUUCUCCUAAACCCGAUUCCCUCGGUCGUUCCGAAAGGCAACCUUCCUUCUAGGGUCGGUAGACAUAGAAGUGGCGCAAGGAUCAUCAAGUGUUGUCUCUUCUCCAUGAGGGAUUUUCGGCCGCAAUUGGAUGAGUACCCCGAAGGUAUCAUCUCCGGCGAGUGGACCGAGAACUUCUCUUUGUUGAGCUUCGAUGAUCUCCGUGCCUACCUCGAAUCGCAAGUCCCCGUUGAUAAGGGGCAACAACCUUGGCUCCUAGGAGAAGUCAUGUCUAAGACGAUAUUGACGACGACGGUCGAUCGGAAGCUCGAUGAGGUCAACCAUCACUUCGAUGUCAUCUCGGCAUUGCCGGUCGUCGACGAUCAACUCAGAUGCAUCGGGGUCAUUUCCAAGAGUGACAUAGCAAAAGCUUCACAAGGGGCGAGAACAAAGGUUGGCGAAGUCAUGUCUUCACCCGCGAUCACGCUAUCGACCGAAAAGACGGUCAUGGAUGCUGCAGCUCUAAUGCUCAAGAUGAAGAUUCAUAGGAUACCUGUUGUGAACAAGGGAGGGAAAGUCACAGGAAUCGUGACUCGAACUGACAUAUGGGAAGCCUUAGAGGCCAUGGAGCAGUAGUUAGACCCUUUUGCAACUUGUACCUGUAAAUAUGUUGAGAUGAUAUUAACAAAUAGACGAUAUGAAUAAACGUUUUGUGAGAA